AUGCCUAGGGAACCGGAGGGCGGGCGUCGGCCCAGGCCUGCCGGGGCGUCUUCCCGAACCAGCGGCGCGGUCCCGCCGAAGGAGGAGGAGCUCCGGGCGGCGGUGGAGGUUCUGAGGGGCCGCGGUCUGCACUCCGUCCUGGAGGAGUGGUUCGUAGAGGUGCUGCAGAACGAUCUGCAGGCGCACAUCGCCCCCGAGUUCUGGAAUGCCAUCUCCCAGCGCGAGAACUCUGCCGACGAGCCCCAGUGCCUUCUGCUGCUCCUUGACGCUUUUGGUCUGCUGGAGAGCCGCCUGGAUCCCUACCUGCGUAGCUUGGAGCUAUUGGAGAAAUGGACUCGGCUGGGCUUGCUGAUGGGCACGGGUGCUCAAGGGCUGCGGGAAAAAGUUCACACCAUGUUGCGGGGAGUCCUGUUUUUUUCCACCCCCAGAACCUUCCAAGAGAUGGUUCAGCGCCUCUACGGGCGCUUUUUGAGAGUCUACAUGCAGAGUAAGAGGAAGGGAGAGGGAGGCACAGACCCAGAACUGGAGGGGGAGUUGGACAGCCGCUAUGCCCGCCGCCGCUACUACCGCCUCCUGCAGAGCCCGCUGUGUGCGGGAUGCGGCAGCGACAAGCAGCAGUGCUGGUGUCGCCAGGCGCUGGAGCAGUUCCACCAGCUCAGCCAAGUUCUACACCGGCUCAGUCUGCUGGAGCGAGUCAGCGCCGAGGCCGUGACCACCACUCUGCACCAGGUGACACGGGAGAGGAUGGAGGACCGCUGUCGGGGCGAGUAUGAGCGUUCCUUCUUGCGUGAGUUCCACAAGUGGAUCGAGAGGGUGGUCGGCUGGCUGGGCAAGGUGUUCCUGCAGGACAGCCCUGCCAGGCCUGCAUCCCCUGAGGCCGGAAACACUCUGCGCCGCUGGCGCUGCCACGUGCAGAGGUUCUUCUACCGCAUCUACGCCGGCCUGCGCAUCGAGGAGCUGUUCAGCAUCAUCCGAGACUUCCCAGACUCCCGGCCAGCCAUCGAGGACCUCAAGUACUGCCUGGAGAGGACCGACCAGAGGCAGCAGCUCCUCGUGUCCCUCAAGGCUGCCCUGGAGACCCGGCUUCUGCACCCAGGUGUCAACACAUGUGACAUCAUCACCCUCUACAUCUCUGCCAUCAAGGCACUGCGUGUAUUGGAUCCCUCCAUGGUCAUCCUGGAGGUGGCCUGCGAGCCUAUCCGCCGCUACCUGAGGACGCGAGAGGACACCGUGCGGCAGAUCGUGGCUGGGCUGACAGGGGACUCGGACGGGACAGGGGACCUGGCCGUCGAGCUGUCCAAGACUGACCCGGCCAGUCUGGAGGCAGGUCAGGACAGUGAGGACGACUCGGGGGAGCCCGAGGACUGGGUCCCUGACCCCGUGGACGCCGACCCAGGGAAGUCGAGCUCCAAGCGGCGCUCCUCCGACAUCAUCAGCCUGCUGGUCAGCAUCUACGGCAGCAAGGACCUCUUCAUCAACGAGUACCGCUCGCUGCUGGCCGACCGCCUCCUGCACCAGUUCAGCUUCAGCCCUGAGCGGUGAGUCAGCCUGCCAGGCGCCAGCGCGCUCUGAGGGCGCCAGGCCCUGCGUCCGGGCUGCUGAGCCAC